AUGGACAAUGGAAGAUUUGGCCCUGUAGUGUCGUCUUGUCCUUCAUCUGCUCCAACACUGAUGAACUGGAGAGACGCUCAGAGUUACUGCAGACAGAAUCACAUUGAUCUGGUCAGUGUGAGGAACCAGAAUGAGAAUCAACAGCUGGAGAAGUUCAUUAAUGACAGAAGCUUAUCUGGAUCUGCAGUCUGGAUCGAUAAACUGAUUGUGAUCCAGCAGAAUCUGUCGUGGUCUGAAGCUCUGAGAUACUGCAGACAGAAUCAUGUGGAUCUGGUCUCGGUUCAGUCAGUGGAGAUGCAGCGUCGUGUGAUGAACGUGGUUAAACUGGCAACUACUGAGGCGGUGUGGUUGGGUUUACACAACUUCUGCAGCAUGAACAUGUGGCUCUGGGUCAGUGGAGACAUGGUGUGCUAUCAGAACUGGGCUCCAGGGAACGGCAGCACACCGGAAAACUGCAAACUGGAGAACAGAAAAGGAGCAGUUCAGUCUGGAGGAGAUCAGACCUGGAUCAGCCUUCCUGAAUCUCACAGACUCAACUUCAUCUGCACUAACUAGAUGAGAAAAGACAGAAGAUUGUUGGUGUGUUUACUCAUGUUGACGGUUUCUUUACUUUUAAUCUAGGUUUUAUUCUUUAAAAGGUUUUGAGUAAAUCUGUUUGUGAUUAAAAAGUCAAAAGUA